AUUUUGUUAAUGUAACUUACUCCUUGCUUAGGACACAAUUAGUGAAGUUUUCUGUACGAUUCCACAGAACUUACAGACUGGAGGCUCGAAUUACAUGGCUGAUAUUAAGGCUGGCAUUAAAGAUUGGCGUUAAGAUAUGCCUUUUAUCAGCUAAUACUCUGAAAAUACAAAAGCAGGGAAAUUGGUUAUUCGAAACUAUACCUUAUUACUGAAACUUUAGUCAAAAUGCGAGGGGAAAUAAAAGUUUCACCACCUCAUCGAUCUGUCAGUAAAGACUGGGACCCAAUAGAUAUGGAACUGCAAUGGAAACCAGUUUUUGAUAAGCAUGAUGUAGAUAAAGAUGGAAAAAUCCCACUGUGUCAUCUGAAAGCUGCUUUAAAAUCAGGCGGCGACCUCAGACAUGAUUUUCCGGAUGAUGUGAUUGAUGAGAUACUUGAAUGGGCUGACAUUAACAGUGAUGGCCAACUCACCUUUGAUGAGUUUUUACGAAUGGUUCAUGCAAAAGAACUUGGUGAUUCAAGGCCCAAAUUUCAGAGAAUUGUUCGUUUUGCUGCCUUGGCUGUUGUACCUAAAAAUCAAUGUGCUAUUACUGUUCGGCGAUACAUUGAAGAAUACAAUUGUUAUCCGCCACCUAUAUUCCUGUUGUUAAUCAGUUUAAUUGAAAUUGGCAUUUUCAUCUAUUAUUGUGUAACUCUUAAAGAAUUGACAGCAUCUGGUCCUGUUCCAUUUGAAAGUGUUCUUAUAUAUAAUCCUAAAAGACGAUAUGAAGCUUGGCGUUACAUCACUUACAUGUUCAUCCAUGCAGGUGCUGUGCAUAUCUUUUUCAAUCUGCUCAUUCAGUUGCUUUUGGGAGUACCCCUAGAGAUGGUUCAUAAAUGGUGGCGAGUCAUGUUAGUCUAUUUGGGUGGAGUUCUUGCAGGAUCUCUUGGAAGUUCCCUUUCUGAUCCAGCAGUUUAUCUAGCGGGUGCAUCUGGUGGAGUAUAUGCUUUAAUUGCUGCACAUCUGGCCAAUGUGAUAAUUAAUUUUAAAGAAAUGACGUUUGGAUGGGCCCGUCUUAUAGCACUUUUGGUGUUUGGAGGGACAGAUAUAGGAGUUGCAUUUUAUUCUAGGUAUGUGGAAGAAGAUAAGAAUAAAACAAGUUAUGCUGCUCAUAUUGCUGGCGCCCUUGCUGGCUUGAUGAUUGGUAUCGUGUGUCUCCGAAAUCUCCGUAUACGAAAAUGGGAAACAAUUUUGGGCUGGUCAUUGUUUGCUGUAUAUCUUGUUCUCAUGCUGUUUGUAAUUUUGUGGAAUAUCUUUAAUACAUCUUAUUAUCCUUAAGCAGGUAUACGAUGAAUAAAAUUAUUUCAGUUUGAUAAAACGGAUAAUUUUUAAAGAUUAAUUUCAUAUUCAAAAUUUACAUGUUUUCUUUGUAUACUUUUGAGACAGUAUUCUUUAAUAACAGUUUACAUAUUGUUGAGAAAGUUUAUAUUAAUAAGUGUGCUCAAUAUAAAUAUACCUUUGUUUCAAAAUAUUAUUUUGUGGUGUCAGUAUUAUAAAUGUUGCACACAUUUGUGAAAAUAUAUAUAUUUUUUUCAUCUUGAAGAAAUAUUUUUAUUGAUAUAUUUAAUUUAUGUACUUAAGUGUUACAUUUAUCUAUCACCGGUGAAGUAGUAAUAAAUUUUAAGUUGUAUAAUGUUAAAUGCUACCUUUGUUUCAAAAUAUUAUUUUGUGGUGUCAGUAUUAUAAAUGUUGCACACAUUUGUGAAAAUAUAUAUAUUUUUUUCAUCUUGAAGAAAUAUUUUUAUUGAUAUAUUUAAUUUAUGUACUUAAGUGUUAUUACAUUUAUCUAUCACCAGUGAAGUAGUAAUAAAUUUUAAGUUGUAUAAUGUUAAAUGCUGUUAAAUUUCUUUGAAUCUCUAGCCACAAAUUUGUUAGUUUUUAUAUGUGGGAAAUAUUUUGAUGCUAUGAAGUGAAAGAUGUAUUAAUUGAAAUUCUAAUGAUUGAUGCUAAUAAUUUUUUCAGAUGAAGUGUAAUUAAUUAUUGUGUAACUAUGUUUUAUUAAUUAAAGUUAAUUUUUCUGUAAAAACUCAAAAGAUUUUCUUACUAUUGAUCAGUGUUCCAGUGGGGAAAAAGCUUUUUAAAAAUCUGUUAUUUCUUUAUGAAUCUUAAGAUUGUCAUUUAUUUUUAUUAGAUGCAUCUGGGAAUUAAGUGAAAUUAUUAAUUUAAAAUUUGUGGUCAGAAAGCAAAAUAUGAUGUUUUUGUAUUUCUGUUAACAAUUAGCUGUACUGAGAAAAGGUAGCUGUGGAAGUGAUACAUUAUAUUUUGUUUUAGAAUUACAUUUUAAAAUAUGAAAUUUUCUUAUUUCACUUUUUUUGUGUUAUCAGUAGACUUUUCUUAUUUAUUAAUCAGUUGAUGGCAGUGCAUGCAUUGUAGUGAGCGAAGAUUUUGUUUUUUAUUUCAUUUAAGAAGUUAUUAUUUAAAAUAUAUGAAAUGCAUUAGACAAUCUUGAAAAGCCUAGUAAUGCAGUGAAGUAAAAAAAAAAAAAAAAAAAAAA